GAAGAAGAAGCGAAGAGGGCGCAAGAGGAACAGAUGCGACGUGAUAUGAUGGCUACAGUACUGGAUAGUGGUGCUCGAGAACGAUUAUCGCGCAUAUCCCUUGUCAGUCCCGAAAGGUCGAGGCAAAUUGAGAUGAUUCUGUUGAGAAUGGCGCAGUCGGGUCAACUAAGAGGACGAGUAUCAGAGAAUCAGUUGAUUGAGCUGCUGGAUCAAAUGGAGAGUGCUGGAGGAAAGACAACAACGAAGCAGUCUAAGAUUGUGUUUCAGCGAAGAAAGGACUUCGACGACGACGAUUUC